ACAGACAGAGAGAGUGAGAGAGAGAGAGAGAAAUGCCUCCUUCAAAUGCGGGAACAAAGCCACAACACUAGAGAGCACGAAGAAGAGAGAUAGCAGUCAGAGCGACAGAUAAGCACUGUGACUACUUCAUCUUACUGUUACUUUGACCGAUUUGAAAGCACACGGGUACCAAGCAUCUCCACACUUAGACCCCAGCCUAACAGAGAACGAAACAGAAAGAAAGAGUGGAUUUUCAGUCUCUGCAGCCAAAGGAGUCAGCAUAGAUGUUUCCCUGGACAAGUCUCCAGGGGUGUAAUGGGUCUUGCAGAUCAGUGAAGUCUGCAUUGAUUAUGUGUCAGGUUGAUGUGAUCUGGAGGCAAAGGGGAAGCAGGACUUGCACACCAACGAAAACAUGGAGAAGCUGACGGGGAAAGACAAGGAGCUUAUCCGGAACAGUUGGGAGAGUCUGGGUAAAAACAAAGUCCCUCAUGGGAUCGUCAUGUUUACCAGGUUGUUUGAACUGGACCCUGGGCUAUUCAGUCUGUUCCGUUACAAGACAAACUGCGGCUCAACCCAGGACUGCCUCUCGAGCCCAGAGUUUCUGGAACAUAUCACCAAGGUGAUGCUGGUGAUUGAUGCGGCUGUCAAUCACCUGGAUGACCUCCACUCUCUUGAGGAUUUUCUGCUCAAUCUAGGGAGAAAGCACCAGGCUGUUGGGGUCAAGACCCAGUCAUUUUCUGUGGUGGGCGAGUCUCUUCUUUACAUGCUGCAAUGCAGUCUGGGCCAAGCCUACACCGCCCCUUUGCGCCAGGCCUGGCUAAACAUGUAUGGCAUCGUGGUGGCAGCCAUGAGCAGCGGCUGGGCGAAAAAUGGCGAACACAAGAGCGAGUAAGCAACCCGAGCGCAAGACACCAGGCCCACACUUGGUGGCCUGUUAACUUUUGGAGACUUGAAGUUGAGGCUUGUGCAGCUUUACAAGGGAAGAAAAACUUGCUACCGUGCUGUUCUUUCUUCCAGCAGGGUCACUUUGUGGUAGAGGCAAGAUAUUGUCAGGUUUGAUGUGCCAUCCAAUGGUCUUAGCAGCAGCUGUGCUUUGACGUUUAUGGCAGGUACCCAGCCAGUUAUGUGUGUGAAGUCCUAACAGCAUCGCUGUAGCAUUGCAACUACAUGGUAACAUUGUGACAACAUCAGAAUAUCAUAAGAAUACCUUUUCCUGGUGAUGGGUGUGCUCUAUCUUUAUUGAACACUUAGGAGCACAAGGCUAGGUUUGGAUUGUACAUGCUUUGCACAUAUCAGCUUCACAUACCUACUCAAACAAUUAUGAUGCUAGUGAUGGUGUUGUGAUGUUUCUAAUGCAACUUUCACAAUCUCAAAUACUGAGAAGAAAGUGACCAGACGCCAUGGCCCAAAUUUGUGAUUUUUACUGUGAAUUCUAUGAGAAUUGUGGUGCACCCUCUUUCCCCGAACAAUACAAGGAACAUUCCAUACUUUAUAGACCUGCUGAAGGACAAACUAUCUUGGUGAAGAGGUUUUUGGAAAGCUUUGACUUGCACUGUCCACACUUUUGGCAUACGAUGCCAAUAUAUAUUAAUUAUUAACAGUCAUGUCUUUUUUGUCUGAUGAGGUGCUUUACCUUGUAUAUGUGGUAUGGUUCUGGUAUAUAUAUAUAUAUAUUCUGUGCAUUGAUAUACAUGGGAAUGUGAAUUAUCUCACCUGCAAAUAAUGAUACUCAGUGUUGUGGAUACUGCUCUCUGCACGUUUUUAGUUUAAUGUUACAUUGUUUUCCUAAAGCAACACAUGCCAUCUGUAUUUGAUUUCUAUUUUAGCUAACUGUGCAGUAUACCAUCUUUUAAUCUGAAUAUAAUAAUAUUGCAAUCUACUUCUUGGAAAUUUUAGCCAUUUAUAGUACACAAGUAGCUGAAUAUCAUAAGGACCAAACGUGAAAACUGUGAAAGGAUAGAAUGAACAUCCUCAUUGGCCAACAAUUGACUUAACAAAACUGACAACAAAAUCCCUUGGGGAAAAACAUUUAACAAGACGUGCCAUUCAGUCUUUACAAUAUGACUACUGACAAGAACUGUUAUAUUUGAAGUUUUGUAUGUGAUCUCUAUGACUGUUACUAUAUCCACGGAGCGCCUUACUUGGAAGGUGUAUGGAUGCCAUUUUCCUCUCCUCUUUCAGCAGAGGUUUUAUCAUACACCUGUUUUAUCGUACACCUGUUGACCUGUGCCCGUAGGCUUCCAUAGACUGUUAUUUCACUUCUCUUGAAAAGACUGUUACAAGCACUCAUUAGACGAUGCUUAUGUUGUCAUUGAUAUUUGCUUGCUUUAGGGAAUUAGGCUGAUAUAAGUAAGGAUCAGAGCAAACCAUAACAAUUUUUCUGUUUGAAGUUUGUUAACAUUAUUGGAAUCACAACUAUUAUUUCUGUAAAAAAAGUCAUUGGCAUUCAUUAGUAUUUGCACUGGGUUCUUGAAUAGAACUAUCUUUAAUAUUAACUAGGUUUAAAUGUAGAUUCCAGUGCAUAAUUAUAUAUUUCUGCUGCUAAUUUGUACAGUUGUUGAUGCUAUCUUAUUUUGACCAUUUCUGAAUUAAAGAAUAAUGUUUGCUGACAUAGAAUAUGCCAGAUGACAUUUAUAGAUGUGACAAUAUAUUACAUGAAGCUGCUGUUAUAUGAUGUAUAUUGUAAUUUAUCCUGGUGUUCAUUAUUUUGAAAAUGAUUACUUUUAUAUAUUUAAGUGCAUAAAACUUUAGCAGAGGCCAUUUGCAAUCUAUGGAUUUUACCCAAACAACAUUGUAUUAGUUUAGACGAGUUUCAGUAUGCCAUUUGAAUGGAGACAAAAAGAGAGGAGACAUUCAUUGUUCUAUCCUGUUUUAAAAUGCCCCUGAGGUUCAAUACUUCCAGAAAUGAAAAUAUCAGAUUUAAUUGCUGCAAUCUUUUUUCAAUAAUUUUAAUUAUUGUGCUACCAAUUUGAUGUCCCCAUAAUGAAUUCUCUCCUUGCCUUUGGGUUGGCUUUGAAAUUCAGGUUUUUAAUUUCAAUAGACAUAGGACAACUGUAAUACAUAUUAAUUUUUUUCUCCACUUACAAUCAUUGGUUUUAAAGAUCCUUAAAACAGGAUAGAUUGGUUCUGCAGAUGGUGAAUUUAUUGUGAAAUAAUUUUCAGUCUCCUAAUGAGACCCUAUGCAGAUUGUUGUUGCCAAUCUUUCUCUUUUUCUGAUGGUUUCAGAGAGUAGUCUUGCUUAGUCUAUUUAACUGUGCGUGUAUGUUUGUGUGUGUGUGUGUGUGUGUGUGUGUGUGUGUGUGUGUGCAUGUGCGUGAGUGUGCGUUUGUGACUUCAAAACUACUUUCUUUGGUAAUAUAACAUUAAAUAAUAUUUUGUUAGUGUCUUUUUGUCUACCUCACCAACACAGCUGCUAUUGGACAACCACAACUACCUGUGACGAAAAACACAUCUGGUAGAAAAUACAAAUACUCUCACUUCAAUGAAGCAGCUUGUCAAAAUAUAACCAUUCAGCUGUUAUUGUCGUGUUACACACUGACUUGUUAAACAAAGACAGAAUAAAGGUUGUCUCAUGUGCA